AAAAAAUGGGAUAUUAUACAAUGUAAAGAAGAUACUAAAUCACAUGUAAAAUUAAUAAGGAUUUUAGAAGAAAAUAAAUUAAAAAAUAAUAGACAAUGUUAUCCUAGAUCUAAGUAUAAAGACACACACAAUAAAAAAAAACAUGAAAAAGAAAAAAUAAAAGAAAAAGAAGUAAAAGAAAGGGAAACAAUGCUAAUAACGGAUAUAUAUAAUAAUUCAUAUAAUUAUCUUAAUGAUUCUGAUGAUGAUUUUGAUAAUAAUUGUUGUUCUGAUAGAUGUUGUCUUUCUUAUAUAUUUUGU